AUGAAGAUCGCCACGUUCGCACUCCUUGUCGCUUUCUCCUUUCUCGAGCUCUUCUGUGCUCAAGGUACAGCUGCUCCUGCCGUGCAGCCGGCCUUCCAAUCCGGAAGAAUCCUCGAGCGACGAACUCGAGACUCGAAUGGUCGUAUUCUGCAGGGUAGUCCCGUUAGUAACGGUCUUGUUCUACAAGGCCAGCCCGCUGCAAGCGGCCGAGCACUGCUUCGGGUUCACACCAUUCCAAGCUGGUGGACAGCCUGGUCUCGACACCAAGGAUCGGCAUUUGUGACGCCCUUUGACGGUAAUAGACUCGUCUCGGAACGCCUGCUGGAACUUCGUCGGCAUGUGACCGUCAUGGAAGCUAUUCGAAACGCUGCUUUCCACGACCCUAUGUUGACUGCCGAGGACAAGGAGAAAAUCUCAGGCUCAUUCAACAACUGGAGCGAGAUAGAUAUCAACGAGCAUGAUCCGAAUGGUCUCAGCCGUGUUGGCUUGAGCUUCGAGCAAGACGUCAACAAGCUGGAAAAGCUGCGUGAAGUGCUGGGCAAUUUUGCUCCUUACUUCCGCCCGUGA